CCCCCUCCAACGCUGUUCCAACCAGAAAAUUGGUCCAGAGGAUUCAACCACUUUAUUUCUCAAAUCACAGGCUGGAAGCGUUUCCAAAGCAGAGUGAGCCUUGGAAUUCCAGCCAGUUUACAGAGGUGUCUAAUUAAGGAUUUUGAAAAACGUCCAUCAGUCACUCAUCUUUUAGAACAUCCCUUCAUACGACAGGCCCAUGGUAAAGAUAUGGCACUCCAAAAGCAGUUGAGCAACCUGAUUCAGGCACAGCAAAAAUUAGGUUUUGUGGCCAAGACAAGGCAUGAACAAAUGCAUAAUCGCAGACCAUAUCACGUUGAAGCUUCUGACAAAUAUUCUCCAGAUGAUGAUCUGGUAAACCUUGAAAUUUUGGACGAGGAUACAAUUAUUUAUCAGCUGAAGAAGCGAUAUGGAGAUUUACAAAUCUAUACUUACGUUGGAGAUAUUUUAAUAGCAUUAAACCCCUUCCAAAAUCUCAGUGUAUAUUCUCCACAGUUUUCCAAGCUUUAUCAUGGUGUGAAGCGUUCCUCCAACCCACCCCACAUAUUUGCAACUGCAGAUGCUGCUUACCAAGGCAUGAUUACUUUUAAUAAAGACCAGUGCAUAAUCAUCAGUGGAGAAAGCGGCGCCGGGAAGACCGAAAGUGCCCAUCUGAUUGUGCAGCAUUUGACCUUCCUGGGAAAGGCGAACAAUCGUGCUUUGCGGGAGAAGAUCCUCCAAGUGAACCCUUUAGUCGAAGCAUUUGGGAAUGCCCACACUGCUAUCAAUGACAAUUCUAGCCGUUUUGGGAAAUACUUGGAAAUGAUGUUCACACCAACUGGAGCUGUAAUGGGAGCAAAGAUCUCAGAAUACCUGCUUGAAAAAUCCAGAGUUAUAAAACAAGCUUUAGGAGAGAAAAACUUCCAUAUAUUUUACUACAUUUAUGCUGGUCUUUAUCAUCAGAAGAAACUUUCUGAAUAUAAGCUCCCUGAGAAAAAGCCUCCCAGGUACAUUGCAAAUGACACAGGAAAGAUGAUGCAUGAUAUUAUUAACAAAGAAUCUUAUGGAACUCAGUUUGAAGCAAUCCAGCAUUGCUUUCGGAUCAUAGGAUUUACUAAAGAGGAAAUGCAUUCAGUGUAUCGAAUUUUGGCUGGGAUCUUAAAUACAGGAAAUAUUGAAUUUGCUGCCAUUUCUUCAAAGCACCAAACUGAUAAAAGUGAAGUGCCCAAUAUAGAAGCCUUAGAUAAUGCUGCUGCACUACUAAGCAUUGGCUCAGAAGAACUUCAGGAGGCUCUCACCUCACAUUGUGUUGUCACACGAGGUGAGACCAUUAUCCGAACAAAUACUGUGGACAAAGCAGCUGAUGUACGAGAUGCCAUGUCAAAGGCUCUUUAUGGCCGACUCUUCAGCUGGAUUGUAAAUCGGAUUAAUAGCCUGCUGCAACCUGAUAAAAAUAUAUGCAAUGCUGAAAGUGGAAUGAAUGUUGGGAUAUUGGAUAUUUUUGGAUUUGAGAACUUUACAAGGAACUCAUUUGAACAGCUGUGCAUAAACAUUGCAAAUGAGCAGAUCCAAUUUUAUUUCAAUCAGCACAUAUUUGCACUUGAGCAGAUGGAAUAUCAAAAUGAAGGAAUUGAUGCUGUCUUGGUUGAUUAUGAAGACAACAGACCCCUCUUAGAUAUGUUCCUUCAGAAACCAAUGGGGCUACUUUCUCUACUGGAUGAAGAAAGCCGAUUUCCCCAAGCAACAGACCUAACUUUAGUUGAUAAAUUUGAAGAUAAUCUGCGGUGCAAAUAUUUCUGGAGACCCAAACGAGUGGAGCUCUGUUUUGGCAUUCAUCAUUAUGCUGGAAAGGUUCAGUAUGAUGCUUAUGGCUUCCUUGAGAAGAACAGAGACACCCUUCCUGCUGACAUAAUGGUGGUAUUGAGGACUUCAGAGAACAAACUUCUUCAGCAGCUUUUUUCAAGCCCAUUGACCAAAACAGGUAACUUGGCUCAAUCAAGAGCAAGAGUAACAGCUGCAUCCAGAUCUUUACCUCCACAGCUUGGGUCAGGUCGUAUUAAGAUUGACACCAUGGAAAUUAUGAGGCAUCCUGAGGAAACUACCAACAUGAAGAGACAAACUGUGGCUUCCUAUUUCAGGUAUUCUCUGAUGGAUCUGUUAUCUAAAAUGGUGAUUGGGCAACCUCACUUUGUUCGCUGUAUUAAGCCCAAUGAUGAUCGAGAGGCAUUGAAAUUUUCUCAAGAAAGAGUCUUAGUGCAGCUACGUUAUACUGGCAUUUUAGAGACUGUCAACAUACGUCAGCAAGGAUAUUCUCAUCGCAUUCAUUUUGAUGAGUUUGUAAAAAGAUAUUAUUAUAUUGCUUUCAAAGCACAUGAGAACCCUUCUCCAAGCAAAGAAAACUGUAUUGCUAUUCUUCAAAAGGCCAAGUUAGACAAGUGGGCUCUUGGGAAAACAAAGGUUUUCCUGAAAUACUAUCAUGUUGAACAACUGAACUUAUAUCUGCGUGAAGUUAUGGGCAGGGUGGUGAUAAUGCAGGCUUAUACCAAAGGCUGGCUUGGAGCGAAAAGGUACAAAAAACUCAAACAGAAAAGAACCAACAGCGCUAUUACCAUUCAGUCAGCCUGGAGAGGAUAUGAUACUCGUAGGAAGUUCAAGGAUAUAAGGAACAAAAGAAUUGAUGCUGCUAUUCAUAUUCAAGCAGCUUUCAGAGGAUAUUUAACACGCAAAAAUUAUAGAAGAUGGAAGAACAGCAUUGACUAUCAAACAGAUGUGGAAUCAGUGGGUUUUGUUUCCAAUCUCAAAUAUGAAGAAAAUGGACAGAAAAAUAGCAGUCCUCCUGCAAAACAGUGCUUUCUUGGAAAACAAACAAGCAAGAUUUUAGCUGAAACUUCAGCAUCCCUGGCCAUUCUGAGGCAUUCAGACCAAGUGAAAGAUUUGCAACCUUUCUGCCACCCCCAUUUAGCUGCAGAUCAUCAGCUCCCUUGUCCACAAAGACCAUUGGAAACUCAAGAAAACUGCCUGGAACAGAAGCAGAAACCACCCCGUCGAAGAUGUCAGCAGCCCAAAGUGCUGAAUAGCCCUGAGGAUAACAUAUAUUAUAACCAGUUAAAUGGAACUCUAGGAUAUCAAGGGAGCAAAAGGAAGCCAAGAAAACUUGGUCAAAUAAAAGUGCUGGAUUGGGAAGAUGAGUAUUACAAGUCAUUAUCAGUGGUAGAUUCUAUCACAGAAGAAGACAACACAUUUCAACCCCUUCCUCCCUUUCAAAGCUGAACUUUGGCUCCCUAACUCAUCAGUGUGAGGUUGGUAAGGAACCCAAGAUGUGUUCUCAUUUCUAGCUGAUGUAUGGAUGUGUACAUUGGUUGUAUAAUGUGCACAUAUGUAUAUGUUAGGAGCAUAUCUGCCAAAUAGUGGUAUAUGCUAUGCUACUCAAUCAGUCUACUGCAGUGGUUCUCAGCCUGUGGUCCACAAAGUCUUGAAGAAAUAUUAUGAUUUAAACCUUGCAUUAAGUUGGUGGUCCAUGGCCAGGAUCCGUGGCUACAAAAGGAAUUUAAAGGGGGGUCUGUAGUAAAGAAAAGGUUGUGAACCAUUAGUCUACUACAUUCCAAAGAGGGAAAUCAAUAUCACAAAUUAUCCAACCCCAAACAUGGUACCU